CUCCCGCAGCUGGAGAGGACCCGAAUGUCCGGGACCCCCCGCACGCCCUCGACCCCCCCCGCUCGGCCGCGCCGGAGGGGACACGCAAGGGGACACGCGAGGGGACACGCGAGGAUGCUGGUGCUGCUGUGGCUGACGGUGACGGUGGUGGCCGGGGGAGGCCCUGAGGGAGCGGUGCAGUUCCUGGCAGUGGGUGACUGGGGGGGGGUCCCUGACCCCCCCUUCGCCACCCCCCGCGAGGUGGCCACAGCAGUGGCCAUGGGACGCGCGGCCACCGAACUCGGCGCCGACUUUGUCCUCAGCCUUGGGGACAACUUCUACUAUGAGGGGGUGCGGGACGAGUGGGACCCCCGCUUCGAGGAGACCUUCGAGCGGGUGUUCACGGCCCCGGGGCUGCAGGAGCUGCCCUGGUUCUUGCUGGCCGGGAACCACGACCAUGCUGGGAACGUCACCGCGCAGCUGGCGUACAGCCACCACUCCCCCCGAUGGCACUUCCCACACUACUACUACAGCCUGCGCCUCUCCCUGCCGGGCACCAACACCUCUGCCCGGCUGCUGGUGCUGGACACGGUGCUGCUCUGCGGCGGCGGGGAUGACUUUGGGACGGAGGGGGGUGCCCCCAGGGGUCCCCGGGACGCUGCAGCGGCGGCGGCGCAGCUGACCUGGUUACGGGGACGCUUGGCGGCUGCGCGGCACGACCGUUACGUGCUGGUGGCUGGGCACUACCCGGUGUGGUCGGUGGCCGAGCACGGUCCCACCGCCUGCCUGGUGCAGCUGCUGCGGCCGCUGCUGCGGCGUCACCGCGUCACCGCUUACCUCUGCGGCCAUGAUCACAACCUGCAGUUCCUGGCAGAGGGGGGGGUGGGCUACGUGGUGAGCGGCGCCGGCAACUUCAUGGAGGGGUCUCAGCACCACGGGGGGGCUGUGCCCCCCGGCUCCCUCCGCUUCUUUUUCGGGCCGCCCUCGUCCCCUGGCGGCUUCGCCCACCUGCGCCUGGACGCCCACGCAGCCACCGUCACCUUCCUGGAGGCCACCGGCCGCGUCCUCUACCGCGUGGCCCUGCCGCCCCGUGACCUCUGACCUCUGACCCCCGUGCCCGAGACAUGCGGCGCCUGACCCCGGCAGAGCCGGGGAACACGUGGCAGGGGGCCGCCCCGGCACGGGAGGAGCUCUGUCACGGCCCCCCCGGUGUCCCCGGUGUCCGUGGGGGUGCAGGGCGGGCCCCCCCGUGACCUUUGACCUUGGAGACAUGGGGCGGGACCCCAGCGACCUCUGACCUCGGGGAUCCCCAAAGCCCCGUGGGAGCCCCCAGCGCGGGCCCCGCACCCCACCCCACCCCUUCCCCAAUAAAGGGUUUUGGACGGA